CAGCCGUUUUCUCCAGUCCUCAGACAUGGCCUCCCCUUCCAACCCUACUCACCUCUCUCCUGCUGCACGUAGUUCCCCACCGUCAGAACUGAGACACAUUACCUCUAACGGGGCCCUCUCCCCGCAGAAGGACUCCCAUCGCGACCACCGACUCACCACUCGUGCAUCUCAGGGUCUGCAACAUCGCCUUGGCUCGCGCUCGCCAGUUUCAAUACCUUCAUCUCCCACAUCUGUCCACUCGUCGUCUUCUGCCAUCUUCGAAAGAGAUAUCGAGCCCAUCUCCCCCACUCCCCCGCAACCAUCGCAUCCGCAUCGGACGCCCCGCGGUAAAAUGACAGAACAACUUGAUCACUCCGUUCCAACCGUGCUCGACUCCGCCGCUGCCGUACUCACAUCCACAUCUUCUCCUUCUGAAGAGCAGAACAUUUCCAUCGUCGCACCCGCGACGGAUUUAGGAGGACUCAGUAGGUUCGGGAGCACGUCAUCGCGCAUGAACAGCCGUAGUCCCAGCCCGAUAGGGGCCUUGGGCGGAAAUAGAGCGAGCGCGAUGAUGAACUUGCCCAGUCCCAGCCCAAGUCUAUCGCUCCCUCUCCCGCUUGUAUCGAAUAACGCUUCCACGAUAUCGUCAUCACCCCCACAGCGGCCUACGGUGCUGACGCAGCAAUUCGCCAGCGCGACCAGCACACUGACCACCAGCUCUGGUCCAUACCCGCCGGGUGCUUUUCCGUCUUCGGUGCAUACAUCCACGUACUAUUCGCCAUCUUCAUCCUCUGCCUCCUCUCCUACCACCACGACGCGCGAACAUCCGCCCGAGCAUCUGCUCACGCCAACACACAUCACGAGUGAUCCUUCCGAUGCCGUGCCAAUGGCCAGUUCGCCCUCGUCCAUCUUGCCCUCAGCCACGGUCUCGCAUCCACCUUCUCCGCGCGCGCACACCAAGCGCCUCUCGUUCAUGUCGUACAACGACCUGUUGUCCAGCACGCCUUCCUCGACGCUUCCGCUCUCUUCGUUCACGACGUCUGUGUCCGAUCCGCCGCCGCACCUGCCCUCCGUCCUGGGCGUGCCGCUGAUGCACGCGGGUUCCGCCGGGUCGAGCAUCCACGGCGACCGGCGCAGCAGUUACUAUGGCGGCGGCGAUGUGCGUGAGGGGCGCGAGGGACUGUUUGACGACGUCGGGGGUGAGUGGGAGCGCGAGGGCCUCGGCCAGGGAUUGGAAGAACGUUUGGAGACGCUCAUGGGGACGGGCACGGUCGGCGUUGGGAAAGCGUGACGCGAAAGGGGAGUGAAGCAUACAGACAAGAUGACCUCGCGGUGCGCAGGCGCGUACCAUCGUCGGGGACGAAGACGAAGAAAUGUAAGACGAUAUUUUACGGUGCAGUUUAAUGAAUCUGGCCGCAUUCUUUCUACU